AUGAUGCUUUCAAAGGCAUCAAUUCCAUCUCCUUCUUCAGCAAUUAAAGGGCCCACAACAAAUGCAAUGUCACCAAACAUGGCAAAUGCGAGUCAGGUAACCGGUUCUGGGAAUGUGGCGCUGUGUAUUUCCACAGCGGCGGCCUUGCAGACCCACUCAUCAAAAGCAGCAACGCUUUCCACUAUAACACCACCCUCUUCAGCCGGUUGUUCUGGGGGCACGUCUAGCGCAGGAAGUCACAGCCCAAUGAUGCCCGCCUAUCGAUCAUCAACAGAAGAUGUCCCACCUUCAACAAUGAUGAUGAUGGAUACUUCUGCCUCAACGGAAGAAGAGGGAAAAUAUUGGCAUCUUCCCCAUCAGGACACUGGAUAUCUCUCACCGCAGAAUGGCGGCAGAGGACUUGAUAGUACUAGAAUGAUGGCCAAUAAUGAGAGCGCCUCUCCCUCUCUUACGUACCAUAGAACUUAUUCUACCCCAAAUAUCCAUUACUCCUUUUCUCCAGAAACGACCAUUUCAAAUGGUGGCAUAGGAGCGCAGAAUUACCAACGCUUUGCAAACUACUAUCAAAAGUCACCCAACAGUGGAGCCGGAAUUGAUGCCCCGCGACUUGGGCCCUCAAAUGCCGCCCCACCAAUGGGGACUGCAUCCUCACAUUCGGGCACCACCGCUGGAUAUAGUCCUCUCGCAUUCACACAUGAGCAACAGGCGCAAUAUUUGUAUGCAUUGUACCACCAGCAGCUUCAAGCGCAAGUAAAAGAAGAGCAAGCCCAACGACUUAUGAUGUACAGUGGGUCGGGGUUUCCUCAGGACUCCCUCAUGUAUUACGCCGGUGGACGGCAAGCUCAGGCUACGAUGGAAUCCCCUACAUCGACCUCUUCAGGGUCCAAAGUCAAUAACGGAUCGACAUCUUCAUCGCCAACUUCAAAUUCUCCAACCAUCGCUAAAAAUGUUUCUCCUCAAGCACAACAAGAAAUGCUCGGGAUGGGAUUUUCUUCCAAUGGUCAACACGCUCAUUAUCCGCAUUUUCGUUCUUCGACAGAAUCAGCAGCAUCUUCUUCCUCCUCCUCCUCUUCUGGUAUCAGCACUCCCCCAAAUUCUGGAAGUAUGAGCUUCACUUCGUCUCCAGCCUCUUCCUCGAUCAUUCCUUCGAAAGAAAAUAUGAUGAUGAUGGAGAACCCAUCAGUAGGAGCAGGCGUUCACGGCGUGCAGCACCAACCAGCAUCAUCCAGCAGUACAUCCUCACUCUUUAACCUCCAUCAUAUGCCAUAUUCGUUUUAUAUGGGUGCUGGAGGGGCAUCUCCAAGUUCCCAAAUGGUGGGCGUACCACAGCAGCAUUAUGGGGCUAGCCAAUUCUCUGCAGCCCAAAGUCAGUAUUUUGGAUCUUCACGUGGUGCAAUAGUUACGCAACAACACCCCCAGCAUCAGAUGAUAAAUGGAUAUCAUCCGCAAAAUUCUUCAGCCAUCCAUCCUAUGGCGCAUCAUCCAAUGAUUUCUGUUGCACAUCACCAUUCAGCAGGCUCCGCCGCCUCUACAGCGAGCAUCAAAAUAUGCUCAAAUUGCGGAUGCACAUCGACGCCAUCGUGGCGUCGUUGCCCCACAGGUAAACAACUGCUAUGUAAUGCCUGUGGCCUCUAUCAAAAGCUCCACAACAAGCCGAGACCAUUUUGUGUAUUGGACGACGGCUCUGUUAAGGUGCAGCGAAAUGCAUUUCUCGAGGCAACCAGAUGUGGCCAUUGUAAUACUACUGAAACGCCGCUCUGGCGCCGUGGCUCCAAUGGACAAUCACUUUGCAAUGCAUGCGGUCUCUAUUUCAAGCAGCAUCGCCAAUACAGACCAUCGUUGCCCAAUACGGGAUGGCUAUCCACAGGCGGAUAUGAUGCAGAAAUAAUGAACGGAGGGGCUAACAUUGCAAACAUGUCCAACGCGGGCUCUGGAAUGAAUAGCUCAUCAUCGCCAGCAUAUCAGCACUACCAGCACCAUCAAGCGCAAUCAUCGCUUCACCACCAGCAGCAGUCGGCGUGGCUCGCGUCCGGAGCAGCAACUCCACUUGGCGGAGAUGGAACAUGCAGCCAAUCUUCCUCAUCUUCGUCUUCAUCGUCCGGAUUGCUUUUAGGCGCUGAAGAUGAAAAUGUUGGAAACAGGGCAGAAUUUCACCAACAUGCCCAUCUUCAGUCACCCCCAGAAAAUCAUGCUGAAGAUCUUGUUGGAGAUGAUUCUUCAGCGCCGGCUAAUGGGGCUAAUUCUGUAAAUUCUAACCAAGCUUCAAACCAUGGCCACCACAUGAUGCUGGCGGCGCAUGCCAUGAGUCCGGAAGAUGAGGCCGCCGUUUCUGCACUUGCCGAGCAAAUGCUUGAUGCCCAAGAGCUUUUUACACGGGAAGAGGACCCGAGUGUGCUUGCCGCCGUGGCCGCCGCCGCUGCUGCAGCAAAGAUCCAUCACUUUGAAAGAGGCGGGGUAGGUUUUGCUGCCGCCGACAUAGAAGAGUCUGUUGUGGGAAAUCCCGCCUCUUGCUGA